GACCUGUGAAAGUGUCCUAGUUAUUAUAUCAUUAUACUUAAGGUGAAACUUUGCGGUCAUUGUUUGCUGCGGCCACACUAGCGGUUGAGAAACAGCCACAGCUCCGACUGUUUGAUGUUUUGUAGUCAUUGUGGAAGUUUGUGUUCUGUAAUUGAUCCUGAGAUAUUAAAGGUGAUAAACGUGUGGCUAGAAUACAAGGUAGUUGAGUAGUUAACAUUGGGUGAAUACGAUCCAAUUAUGGAUAUAUUAACAUGUAUAACUGAACCUUCGAAAAUUGUGAACCUGUUGUUGAACUUUAAUAAUAUCAGGUCGGGUUUUCUUUCACUUUCUCUUGGACCGGUAAGCCAACGGAAGGCCUCGGUCAGAUGACCAAGAGCUCCAGCUGUGGGUCAUGAUAUGACUAAAACCUGCGUCAGGAAAUACUUGUCUUGUUUCUUGACAAACCUUACCUAACCAACCAACGUAAUUAGUAUUGCCAUCAGAAGCGUCGCGUAGCUGGUGUGUGUUAGUACAAUAUGUGUCUUGUAGCACAAGGCUCAGAUACUGUUGAGUUUCGCCUGACUAUAAUUGCGGUAGUUGUAUCAAGCGUAUGUAUUGAUUUCCUUGCUCUGAUGAUCAUUUGGUUAGCAGUAAAGGACAGGGAACACGAGGUCACACGAGGAAGCAACAGUCACACAAGGGAACAGCGGUCACACGAGGUCACAGCAGUCACACGAGGGAACAGCAACCACACGUCAUGGUGGGAUUAAAGAAACAAGUGACGUGGAAUUUGCCUCCGGAGCGACCUGAGUACGACGGUCAAAACGACGGUAAGAAUGACACUCCCUUCACCAGUCGCUACAACGACAAACAGGAACAGCGCGAUUACCAAGCCAUCAGCAACGACAGUAGAAGCUGGACUAGGGAAGGAAACGACGCCAGUAAGCGAAAUCAGUGGCAAUAAUGUUCCAGCGACUGUUGCCGUCCGAAACGACAGCAACAGUAGCUGGAACAGUGACCAAAACAGCGCCCAUGAAGGCAAUAGAAGCAAAAACAGCGCCCAGGACGACCAUAACAACCAACACAAACACAAAAACAAAACCAACCGCAACAACAACACCGCUCGCGACAACAGUAACCGCAGCCGCGACCACCGAGAAAUGGUCGACACGUUCGGAUCCUAUGGCUUGGCCGCGUCUUGGGCUGGCGACGACCCCGUGCUGGUGUACCUGAAGCAGCGCUACGGGUCGACUGACGAAGAUGAAGUUCUGGUAGACAGCGCGGACGAGGUGGAAGUGGAGUCCCUCCAGGUGGAGAUCGUCCACGCGACCUGCAACCUUCACGUGUUUACAGGGUCUCCGAGGUUUCGUCGCCGCGUGGAAAGUCAGUGGUCGUCACUUGUGUCGCGCUGGAGAAACAUCGGCUCGCCCUCCCGUCAUGUCGUAACGCCCACGCCAGACCACGAGGGUCUGGUGGGCGGUGGUGACCGAGUGCACAUGAUGCGGCCCCGGGACCACCACCACGCCCACACAUCAGCCAGCAACAACACUACCAGCACCACCAGCAGCAGCAGUGGUGGUGGAGGGGGACCCCUGCACGCCCUCAGGAACAAGCUGGGGCGUGGCAGGUCUCGUCAGACUCGCGCUAUGUCGCUAUGCGAGCCCGAGGAUGAGUGGGGGCCGCCCAAGUGGGUGGACUCGCGAGCGGUGCUGGAGUGGGCGCGACGCUGUGGUGAGAGGGACGACGAGCAGGACUCCGGUGUUACAGGCAGUGACAACGACGAAGUCUUCCCAUCUACUAAAUCGUCGUCGUCAUCGUCGUCCAGCGGGGGGUCGUCUUGUCAAGACGAGGCCUUCAGCGAGACUUGUAGCGACACUUAUCCUGGCAGUGACCGUCAGGGUGAUGCUACCCCGCCCCCUACCCCUGAGAACUACUCCAACACCUGCCCCACCACACACACCCUCAAGCGACACGACUCCAACUCCUCACAGAACAGACAUAAACAGCAGCAGCAACAGAAACAGGGGUUGCAACAACAGCAACAGGGGUUGCAACAACAGCAACAGGGGCUGCAACAACAACAGCAACAGGGACUGCAACAACCUCGUAUCGUCGCUGAUCAUGUUAUCAAGAUGAAUACGCGUGACCACCCGUCCCCUUCAUCCACCCCGUCAGGAGUGCUGGGUCGCCGCUACCAGAAGGCAGCACAGCAGCCACUGUCUCCGUCACAACAACAACAACGCCCAGUUGUCCCUCCCAGACCAGGUGGCGGCCGCUCAAGAAUCUCUUCUUGCGUUGAUUCUUGCAUCUGGGAGGAGCCGCUGCCACUGGAUCCCAGAGUCUCAUCUCAGAGUCCCGCCCACACCGCCGCCCAUACACCCACUCAUACCACCGCCCCUACACCCGCCCAAACCACUGUGCACACACCCGCUCACACCACCGUCCACACACCCGCUCACCGUAUAAGCACUCUGGACCGCCCCAAACAGCAGCCAGAACGCACGUCGCCGCCCACACCCAUCACGAUGACUCUGGGAAGGGGCGGACUGAGGGCACUGACGGCAGCCACGACGGAGGAAGGGGCGGAGGCUGCAAGGCCUCAGGUCCUCUCCGGAGAAGACCGCCCGAUGUGCCGCUCCAGGAGAUGGUCCCACUCAAGCUCUGCGGUCCCCCGCAGCGUCUCCCUCUCCCCACGGAUGUUCUCUCCGUCGAGGAGGAGCUCCCUUUCUCCGUCCAGAGCAUCGCCGUCACCACCCAGGUCUCCGUCCCCAAGGAACUGUCACGAGUGUGACCAACACCUCAGAAGGAGCUUGGCCAACCUUUCCAUCUCACCCACAAGCUCAGGCAGGACGGAGCCUGAAGGAGUCCAACAGAAUUACCUCAACCCAUACACCUAUUUGGGUGAUGGUUUAACCGAGCUUCUGCCAACCUGUCUACGCCAGAGAGACGGAGGUGAAACUUCCAGACAGGAAACUGUGGUGUUUGAGAAGGGGCCAGGACACCGCUCCCUUGGUUUCAGCAUUGUCGGGGGUACAGACUCUCCCAAAGGUUCUAUGGGAAUCUUCGUCAAGACCGUUUUUCCCCAAGGCCAGGCAGCCGCCUCAGGCGCCCUUCAAGAAGGUGAUGAGAUUCUGGCUAUUAACGGGAAGCCACUGCACGGGAGCUCCCACAAGGAUGCCAUCCUUGCCUUUAAGGAGAUCAAGCAGGGCAAAGUUGUCCUCCACAUUGGCCGUAGACGCAAGAAGAAGCUGGCAGCUGCCCAGUAGGCUACCUCCAGGCACUUUAAGCUGUCAUAUAACUCAUAUGAUUUAGUUUCUAAUUUUAAAGAGUAAGGCAGCUUUUUGUACUGUAGCAUAAAGCACUAAGCCCCCUUCCCUUUAAACUCCAUGGGAACUGCAGUCCAGUAUCUGAAAGGAAGAGCCUUGUUUAUUAAUAUAUGCUCAACCAUUUAUAUAUUUCUUGAGUGACUGCAAUUAGCAUGAAGGAUGUGUACAUUCUUGGGGAUUAUUAUAGAAUUCCUACAUAUUGCUUAAAUGCUAAAUAGUUUAAAUACAUGAGAGGUAUUUGUCUUCCCUUCCCCAAGUAAACAUCCUGGGAAUGAAAGUGUUGCUACUGAGAAUUUGUAUAUAAUUAAUUUUCUAUAUUUGUAUUUUAUCACUCGGCUCGUCAAAAAAUAUUUCUUUUAAGCUGUUUACGCCAGCUUCCUUCCUAGUCCAUAGAGCCGAAGUGGAUCUUGUCAAACUUUUAUUUUCCUUAUUGGUUCUUUGUUUUAAAGGAACAUUUCAUUUAUUGUACAGUUUUGGAAAAUAUUAUUUUCAGCCAUAUUUUGGUAAUAUCAAACAUAGCCAAUGUGAUAUAGAAUGUAAAAAAUGCUUCUCAAUAAACUGUAAAGAAA